UUCGCCGCGCAAUGGUGCUUCGGUAGCCCAGGCCUCCACCCUCCCUUUGGCCUGCGCCUGCAACUGCACCGAGCACCCGCAUUCCCAUCCCGAUUCCCCUUGACCCUCAUCAUGGUCCCUGGGACGCCUUUGAUAUAGCACUCCCGCCUUGGUCCCAGGUGGACUGCCAUCCCCGCCAGCGAGCGCCCGUUUACCCUGCCCAAGGAACCCGCUUCGAACGCAUCUCAUGGCCGACGAUACAAAGCCCGAGACGCUGGCCCCUCCGGCUGUGACCGCGCUGCGGGACGAGGCCGCCGGCUUCCUCCCCUCACGCGUGCCCAUGGAGCGGUCCGUCAGUCAGGAUAUUCGAGAGGAGCGCGAGGACCUCAAGGAAGCUGCCGAACAUAGCAUGGCUGUCAUCAUGGAGCUCGGUCUCGACGGCAAGAUACGCCAUGUGAGCGACUCCUGGGAGCAUGUCAUCGGCACCCCCGUCAGCGACGUCGUGGGCAAGCCUGUGGCCGACCUCCUCGUCGGCAACAGUACCCUGUUCGCCGAUGCUUUGGAAUUGAUCAAGAAGGACGAUUCGAGAAGUCAAAUCAUUCGCUUUUCUAUGCCCUUGGGCCCAUUGUCGUCGCUCCGACGUAGACGCCCAAGACGCACAGAAGGAGAAUCCGAAUCAACCCCACAAUCGCCGCAGACACCCUUGCCGCCCGAGUUCGAAGAAGACCGUAUAGUCAACCUUGAGGCUCAAGGAAUCCUGUGUUACGACCGAGCAACUGGCGCAGAGAGCCAUACCAUGUGGAUGAUAAGACCAUCGGUAAUCCGCGAAGUGACCAUUGACCUUCCACCGGUUCUCGUUGAAUCCCUUGGGGUGGGUGCCGAGAUGCUGGCUCAGUAUCUAACCAGCCUGGCUGAGCAGGGAGCCAACGAUCCCGGCAACCAUCCCCCUCCCCUACCCGUUCUUUGUAGGAUUUGUGAGCGCCAGAUCACUCCUUGGUGGUUCGAGAAGCACACAGAGCUAUGCCUGCAGGAGCAUCGCACUGAGAUGGAAGUCCAGAUGGCGCACGAGUCACUGAUUGAGCAUCGCAAUGCCAUAGUCAAGGUUCUAGAUGCAUUAGAUACACAAGGGAGGCAGCCGCGAGCCACGUCCGGAGAGCUACCCUCACCACCUCUCGCUGCAGAAUACAAAGGCUUUCCACUGCAAACUACCUCUGCAUCUUCGUCAGGGACUCCAUCCGGAAGAAACUCGCCAGCUUCACCGCCUUCCAGAUCCCGCGAGCGUUCGAGCGGCUUUGGCCAUCAUCGUGCUCGCUCCUUCGCUGUGAGAAGACCUCUUGCUCGCAUCAUCGAACUCGUCCUCGACCUUUGCGAUACUGCCAUCGAGAUCAGCACGCCCGCCAUCAAGGAAAACGCUCGAGCUCAAUCAGCAUCCGAAAUACGAACCCAGUCUCCCCAGUCGGAAAGCCGUAUAUCGCAGGUGUUACAGUGGCAGUCGCCCAGCGCUAGCUCUACAGACUAUGGAGAGGGAUUUCCACUCCUCUGUGACGAUACCACCAGGUUGGCAAGGGCCAAGGUCGAUGCCGUCAUCCGCCACAGGCGGAUUCUCGAAUACUCUGAGCGCAUCCGUCAAGAGUUCGACAUUUUGGUACAGGAAUGCAUCGAGGCCGCCAUGGAAAAGGCCGCGCGCAUUGCGGCAGGGGAGGACAGCUCAAGUGACGACGAUCAGCAGCCAGCAGAAGUGGCGGCCCCUAUGGAGCCAAAUGAUACUAACCCCGCCGACGAAGGUAUUUUCCCAGGCUCCUUUGAAGGCCCAUCAGCCAUGGCACAGGCUCUGAGACUGGCUUCGGAAAGCUCGCUCCCUGCUCGCCUCACGAGAAGAGAGUCAUCCGUAGCGGGCUCCACGAGAUCCAGCAGUCCCUUGGGAGGUGCCCAAACUCCGCGCUCACAUGUUGGCCCCAUCAAUAUCGUGCAGAGCAAACGCCAGUCGAUGCACUUCGAGAGCGAUGCUGGCGCAGAGAGUGACACGAGUUUACGCUCAUCUUCCGUCAUGUCGGGGACGCGGCGAGCAGAUUCGCCCUCAUCAGAACUCGGUCUGGGCCGAGUUGCUAGCUCGCGAGAACGGAAGCGGAAGAGUCUGGUACUUCCAAGCGUCAUGUCCAGCCGUCAGCACUCUCCCGCCCGCUCCAUCGUCCAACCUUCGUCGCCGUUGCGAAUGAACAAGCCUCGCAUUCCCAUUGGGGCAGACGGUCUUCAAUCCCCCAUCACCUCCCCCACCCUUGGCACAAGCGAGUUCUCCUCCCCCGCCAUGUCUCUAAUCUAUCAUCAUCGGCAGUCCUCGACCGGCGGCUCCGAUCCUGUCAAACCCGUGUCACCCCGUUUGCUGCCGGUCAGUGCGCCACAGCCGCGGGCGGUACCGCCUUCUAUCAAGGACUUCGAGAUUAUCAAACCCAUCAGUAAAGGUGCCUUUGGAAGCGUCUACUUGGCGAAGAAGAAGUCCACUGGAGAGUAUUAUGCCAUUAAAGUACUGAAGAAGGCCGACAUGGUGGCGAAGAAUCAAGUCACCAACGUCAAAGCCGAAAGAGCCAUCAUGAUGUGGCAAGGCGAGAGCGACUUCGUUGCGAAGCUGUAUUGGACCUUCUCAAGCAAGGACUACCUCUACCUUGUCAUGGAAUACCUCAACGGCGGUGAUUGUGCUUCGUUGAUCAAGGUCCUGGGCGGGCUGCCUGAGGACUGGGCCAAGAAGUACCUGGGAGAGGUGGUGCUUGGUGUUGAGGACUUGCAUAGCCGUGGCAUUGUCCACCGUGACCUCAAACCAGACAAUCUCCUCAUCGACCAGAAAGGCCACUUGAAGCUCACCGACUUUGGUCUCUCACGUAUGGGAAUGAUAGGAAGACAGAAGCGUGCACUCAACAGCAAACCCGACGAGCCAGUUCCUGACCUCCUGAAAUCAGGCCCCUUUCAUCGCGCAACCUCAAUGGCGUCUUCUCGCUCCACUUCGUUUGAUAUCAACCAGUCCCCGUUGCAGACGCCUAGUAUGACCCCUGCCCUUACAGGCGAGCUGGGACAGCCGUCGUACUUCAGUCUUAGUCGAGAGACUUCCCAAGUCCGAGACCCCUCCCGGAGGACUUCAGCCAACCGUAGCGACAGUGGCGAUAGCGAUGCAUUGCAAGCAAUAUACCGUCGUUGCUCCAUCAUUGACGACCAACUCGUGCCCGCGCGCGCUCCUAUUGAAGAAGAGUCCUACAGCGAUGACGCGUCCCCUGAUCUCUACCCUCUGGCCCCUACGAUCAGUCAGUCAAGCUUUGCGCAGAAUAGCACGCCUGCGCUUUCGUCCUCCAUGCCGCCGCCGCCAAUGGCCUUGUUUGACCCAGACGACAGCAACCGCAGGUUUGUGGGUACCCCCGACUAUCUUGCACCGGAAACGAUAAGCGGCAGCGGGCAGGAUGAGGUUUCCGACUGGUGGUCUUUAGGUUGUAUCUUAUUCGAGUGCCUUUUUGGUUACCCGCCAUUCCAUGCGGACAAUCCUGAUGAGGUUUUCCAAAACAUCCUCUCCCGCAAAAUCGACUGGCCCGAACCGGAUGCAAUCGAAGUCUCGGAAGAGGCCAUUGAUCUAAUCAAUCGGCUUUUAUGCAGUGAUCCCGCGAAACGCUUAGGCGCAAAUGCGGAGGAGAAGUUUGCCAGUGGUGGCGAAGAGAUCAGAAACCAUCCCUGGUUUGCUGACAUAAACUGGGCCACCCUUCGGGAGGACGAGGCGUCCUUCGUCCCAGCGCCUGAGAACCCAGAGGAUACAGAAUACUUUGACUCACGGGGUGCAGCUAUGCAGAAUUUCACUGAAUUCGAGGACCAAGGCACAUCGCCGGCAGGAACUCCAAGCGCAGACUAUCCCGAUCGCCCACAUGACGCGCUUUCGCGUGUUCGCUCUCAAAUCACUGUUAGCACCAUGAAGCGAGGGCUGAUACCGCUACAUAUACCUGCGCACGUUCGUGAAGGUAGGUCGCGGAGGUUGAGCGAGCCAGUUGCUACCGACGACUUCGGCAACUUCAGCUACAAGAACCUGCCUGUGCUCGAAAAGGCCAACAAAGACGUCAUACAAAAACUGAGGGCGGAAGCAAUGCAAUCUCAUAAGGCGUCCGGGUCUACUUUGCAGUCGCCCAGCGUAACCUCACCCUCACCCUCGUUGGAAUCCAGCCCAAUGCCGGUGUCGUUCAAGCGAAGUCUUACGACAACCAAGGCACCAGGUCGACCCUCCUCUCCUUCUGUUAGCGGCCCCAAUUCCUCUCCAAGUCGAGGCUCACAGCCUUCCUCACCCCUGCUGGUUCAAUUCAGCACCGGGCAACAUCAUGAAAGACGUAAAACGUCCAGCAGCGGGUCUACCUUGUCCCAGGCGACCAGCCAUCCGGCAAAUCUGCAGCCAAGCAGCAUCCUCGACGCGCCUCGAUUGGGAACGUCGAUCAGAUCUGGUUCAGACGCCGUGUCGCCGGUCAAAUCGGCCAAGACGACUUCGGCCAUAUCCACUUCUUCUGGUGAGAGGAGUGUGUCUGUCCAGCGGCAAGCGUCAGUCGGACACGCGAGCAUGCCGUCCUCGCGCGUCCGUUCGCAGACUGUGGGUUCCCAGGACGGCGACGUGCGCGAGCUUCCGAACCAUUACAAGCGUAGGAGUCAGGUGUUUGAUGUCUCACCGUCCUCGUCAGAUACUGAGGACUCCCGUGCCAAGGCGCUCCUUCGGGUCCAGCGGCGCCGGCAAAGCUCGCGUCGUCUGUCGCAGAUCAGCCUUGCCGACGGUCCCAUUUUCCGCCCUCUGGAUGUCCUUGUGUGCGAAGACCACCCCGUCUCCCGGCUGGUUAUGGAGAAGCUUCUUGAGAAGCUGCGAUGCCGCACAUUGACUGCCACAAACGGAUCCGAGGCCGUGAGGUACGCCAUGGGUGAAGUCAAGUUCGACAUCAUCAUGAUGGAGUUCAAACUGCCUCAAGUCAAUGGCGCGGAUGUGGCGCGCAUGAUACGUGACACGAAGAAUGCAAACUCGAACACGCCCAUUGUCGCAGUUACCGGCUACCUAAAGGAAUUGCAAGCACCGCAUCACUUUGACGCCCUCAUAGAAAAGCCUCCUACCAUUGCGAAGCUCACAGAUACCCUGGGCAAGCUGUGUCAAUGGAAGCCUGCUCCUCCCAACUGGACGCCCUCUCAAAGCCUCCUUCCAGCGAUCCCUUCUAGUCUUCGUCAGGAGUCUACUCAGGAGGAUAGUCCCACGUCAAACUCGUCCAGCGUUCCUCCCGUUCCUUCGGGCAGCUAUCGCGGUUCCAGCCGCGAGGACUCGGUCAGCUCCAGCUUCUUCGGAGACAACGAGUCGCGUGCGGGCGACGAGGGUCCUGUCAUCGUCUCCCGCCAUGAUUCAGAUGAUUGGCGCGAGCGCGACAUCAGCCAAGCUAUGAGUGGGUUGGGCAUUUCCGAAGAUGCAGUGGGCAAUGUCGAUCCGAAGAACGCGGGGAACAAACUUUCCGUGCCGCCUCACCUUCCACCUAUGGGCUCGUCUGCCCCCGCCGCGCUUGAGUUUGCGACGGUCCGAAAACAACGUUCCAGUGAGCUUGUUGGCGCCAAACGGCAAAUGCUGAAGACGCGGAAGCACGAGUCGGCCGAGUCUGGCGACGACGAGGAUGAUGAGCUGGGCAACGUCCACCACGAACGCAGCAGAAGUCCCAGAACGCGACCCAAGUCAUCUUCAAAGCUUGGUAUCGAGAUGAUGCGCACAAACAGCCGGGGCAGUGUCAUCUCCUUUGAUGAGCUCGUAGCGCAAGACACCAAGUUGGCGUCCUCUCCGCCUCCGUCCAUCACAGAGGAAAGGCAAUCUAGCAUUACACCUGACGUGGCUCCACCAAUUGCUCUGACACCGCCAGAGAUCUUCCCCAUGGCUCCUGGCGGAGACAUGCAGGAGGUUGAGUUGGAGACACCAAAAGCUGCAGCAAGACAGAGUGAGGAAGCAUUAGAAGCCUACCCCACGCCAAAGGCCCGCCCAAUUGCCUAAAGGGUUGAGGGUUGACCAUGUCAUCAGCCCCAUCCUGCCCAGAAUGUCCGUUUUCGAUAGAUAGCAAGUUGCAUACGUCUCCACUUUCCUUUUGUCG